CUUUCUCUGAAGACAGGACGUGGUGCGGUGUGUGGCAGUGAGGUUCAGAUAUUUCUAGCAGGCUAAUGGCGGAUACUUUGGCACUUUUUACGUCGAUAGGGCUCAGUGAGCAGAAAGCAAAGGAAACUCUGAAAAAUGAAGCGCUCAGUUCUGUCUUGAAAGAAGCCAUUACUCAGGCACAGCAUGUCAAUGGAGCAUCAGGAGUGGACAAAGCAAUGGGCACACUGCUGUACAGUUUGGCAUCUCGCCUUAAAGAUAUCAAACGUUUGGGAUUUCUUUCAGACUAUAUCGCCCAGAGGAAAAUCUGCACAGAGCUGCAGCUGACAGCUGCUUUGGACUUUGUGAAGAGUCAUCCUCAAGACCCCAUCAGUCAGGAAGCUUUUGAUGAAGCAUGUGGCGUGGGCAUAGUCAUAACCCCUGAACAGAUUGAGGAUGCAGUAGAGUUUGUAUUAAAGAAGCACAAGGAGCAGCUCCUGAAGGAGAGAUACCGCUUCAACAUGGGCUUGCUAAUGAGUGAAGCUCGUUCAGCUCUUAAAUGGGCUGAUGGGAAGGUGAUCAAAAAUGAGGUGGACAUACAGGUUCUUCAGCUGUUGGGAACCAAAACAGAAGCUGAUCUGGAGAAGAAACCAAAGCCACAGAAAGCAAAGGUUGCAGAAAAUGAUGUAAAGGUGAAGAAAGAGGAAGUGGUAGCGAAUGGUGAAGUGAAUUCUGGGCAGGGAAGGUCUCUAAUGGAGCAGCUCAGAGGAGAGGCGCUGAAGUUUCAUAAACCAGGCUACACACCUUAUGCCGUCACACACGCAUCAGACCACUUUCAAAUGCUGUACGACCUCGCCGUGGACCUUAUCCGCAGGGGUCAUGCAUACGUGUGCCAUCAGAAGGGUGAGGAGCUGAAAGGCUAUAACGUUCCUCCAUCUCCAUGGAGAGACCGACCUGUCGAAGAGUCGCUGGUGUUGUUCGAGAGGAUGAAGAAGGGAAUAUUUGCAGAGGGAGAGGUCACGCUCAGAAUGAAGAUGGUCAUGGAGGAUGGGAAGAUGGACCCUGUGGCGUACCGAAUCAAAUACACUCCUCAUCAUCGAACAGGAGAUGAAUGGUGUAUCUACCCCACUUACGACUACACCCACUGUCUGUGUGACUCUAUUGAAAACAUCACUCAUUCACUUUGUACUAAAGAGUUUCAAGCCAGACGUUCGUCUUAUUACUGGCUGUGUAAUGCUCUGGAUUUGUACUGCCCGGUUCAGUGGGAAUACGGACGCUUGAACCUCACCUACACUGUUGUGUCCAAGAGGAAGAUCAUUAAACUGGUUGAGACCGGUGUUGUCAGAGACUGGGAUGAUCCCAGACUCUUCACUUUGACUGCUCUGAGGAGAAGAGGUUUCCCCCCAGAGGCCAUCAACAACUUCUGUGCUCGGGUGGGAGUCACUGUUUCCCAGACAACGACUGAACCCCACCUGCUGGAGUCAUGUGUGAGAGAUGUGCUGAACGACUCUGCUCCUCGAGUCAUGGCUGUGCUGGAGCCGCUCAAAGUCACCAUAACUAACCUUCCUCAGGACUCGAAGUCGGAUGUUCAGGUACCAAACUUCCCUGCUGAUGAGUCUAAGGGCUCCCACACGGUUCCGUUUACAAGGACGAUCUUCAUUGAACAGAGCGACUUCAGAGAGGUGAUGGAAAAAGGCUACAAGCGGCUGACUCCAGAGCAGCCUGUAGGCCUGAGGCAUGCUGGGUAUGUCAUCGCCGUUCAAAAGGUCAUCAAGGACCCUCAUGGUAACGUGGUGGAACUGGAGGUGACGUGUUGCAGCUCUGAGACUGCGGAGAAACCAAAGGCUUUCAUCCACUGGGUCAGCCAGCCGCUGGUGUGUGAAGUGCGUCUCUAUGAAAGACUCUUCUUGCACAAACAUCCAGAAGAUCCAUCUGAAGUGCCCAAUGGCUUCCUGAGUGAUAUCAACCCUAAUUCCCUGCAGGUCAUCAGUGAUGCCCUAGUGGAUACCUCGGUCAAGGGAGCAAAGGUUUUUGACAAGUUCCAGUUUGAGAGAGUUGGUUACUUCUCACUGGAUCCUGACAGCACUGUUGACAAGCUCAUCUUCAACAGAACGGUCACACUUAAAGAAGACCCUGGGAAGAUCUGAUGUCAUCACCACACUUCCUGCCACCCAUGAGCCUUCAGAUACAUGUUCAAAUUGUUAGCAUCUGUUAUUAUGUAAUAUCAGGAAGGACACAGAUCAGGAUUGAGAUGGACUCAUAAUAUAUGCCUUUAUAUUUACCUACAACUUUUAUAAACGACAGAUCUCAUGUGGAACUGUCUUGGUUUUGAUCUCAUCACAGGAAAAUCAGUCUCUCUACUUUACCAGUCAGUGUUUGGAGUCCUUUUAUUUUCUUCUACUUUUACAUCUGCUACAGUGAUAAUCACAAAGUAUUCCUUUUAGAAUGAAAGCAACUUGCAUCAAAUAAGUACUAAUUGCUGACGCAUCACAACGGUGUGGCUUCUGAAUAAAUGAAAAUGAUUUAA